CUCUUAACCCUUGUCCUGCGGGCCCGGUUAUACAACCGGGUACACAAGCAGUGCCUGUGUGCGGGCCCGGUUAUAUAACCGGGUGGGUGUAUUUCCGGUAAGAAUGCGUCAUACACCCGCGAACCGCGAGAAACCCGGAAGUAACUUGGCGGCAUCUCCCGCCAAAAGGUUAAGGGUCAUUUUUCCGAUUGCGCAAUCUAUCCCGUGGUGCUUUGCGCGGCAUAAUUUAUGUUAAUGAGCAACAUGGCGAACGUCGUCCGCUAGUUUGUUUACUUCUUUUGUUUGGGUGUUUCUGGCGGCAAAUUUGUUAUCUAAACGCCAAAAUGAGUCGGUAUUCGUUGAGACAAGUACACGAGGAGAUUUUUUCGAACGAUUCAGACCCAGAAUAUCCUACUUCGACCGAAGAUUCUGAUGAGAGCAGCAGCGAAGACGACGAGUCCCCACCUCGUUCUCCAAGCCCUGGCGGGGCUAGCGGAGAGGGACCCUCAGACGAUCUUGAUGAACUUGACACGGGCGACAACGGUGCCAAUGGCCGUGGAAGAGCUCGGGGUACCGGCCGGGGACGUCGUGGACGAGCUCGAGGAGGUCGUGGACGUGGACGCGGCAGGGGAAGAGGCGCAAGUUCUGCAAGGGGGCGAGGCAGGCGUGGUCGCCCUGCAACCCGCGGACGUGGCGCUCGGGGACGCACAACUCCCGGUGGCACGCGCCGAACAGCUGUCUUGGAUUCCCGUCUUGCCGAUGAGAACUGGCAAGAGGUGGAUGGUGACACUUUGCCCCAGCCUCCCCAUCCUUUUACUGCAGAGCGGGGGUUUACUGACCAGGUCACAUUGCCAGAUGAUCCUGUGGAAUUGGACUUUUUAAACCUCAUGUUCCCGGACCAUCUAUACAAAGUUCUCACAGAGCAGACUAACAAAUAUGCGGAGGACUUCUUUGCCCAGAACCCUAAACCUGGCCUGCCCCCAAACUCACGUCCAAGGGACUGGCCGGAGAAUGGAAUUACCGAGCCAGAUAUGAAAGCAUUUAUGGCUUUGACUAUAGCGAUGGGUAUCAUUCACCAACAAGACAUCAAUGACUAUUGGUCGGUGGAUGAGGUGCAGGAAACACCCUUCUUCCGGUCAGUCAUGUCGCGCGACAAGUUUCAGCUCAUAUUCAAGUUCAUGCACCUCAAUGACAACGAUGAGUACAAGGCCCGUGGUGACCCAGAAUACGAUCCGUUUCAGAAACUGGGGGUAUUCUACCCAACUAUCACACAGCAGUUUAAGUCAACAUGGUCGCCCGGCAGAGAGAUCUGCAUCGACGAGGGCAUGGUUCCCUUCAGGGGAAAUGUGCAUUUCCGAACAUACAAUCCAGACAAACCGGACAAGUAUGGGCUCAAAGCUUACGAGCUGUGUGACUCAAGCAACAGCUACUGCUGUUGUUUUGAGCUGUAUGGCGGGAAGGGCAAGGAACCAUCAGAGAAGGGGCUGACAUAUGACAUUGUUAUGCGACUAAUGGAGCCUUACGUCGGGACAGGCCGAACAUUGUACUGCGACAACUACUACAGCUCGCCACAGCUAUUCCUUGACCUUGCCGAUGCCAACACCAACACCUGUGGCACGAUGCGCAACAGAAAGGGCGUCCCAGACGCAUUCAAAGACGCUUCAGUAACUACGCCCCAACAGAAGUUUUGCAUGGCAAAUGGACCCCUCCUUGCAGUGAAGUACAAGGACAGGAGGGAUGUCAAGAUGUUGACAACUGCACACAGUGCAAAGCUUGUCGGCACGAAGAAGAACAACCAUCGUGGGGAAGAGAAAGUGAAGCCGGAGUGUAUCCAUGAGUACAACCUGUCCAUGGGUGCUGUAGACACCUCGGAUCAGAUGGUGGCCUACUUGAGCUUCAGAAGGCGCUCCCUAAAGUGGUGGAAGAAGGCUUUCUUCCACAUUUACAGUCUUGGCAUCUGUAAUGCAUUCAUCCUGUACAAAGAACACAAAGAACAGCAAAGAGCACAGCAAAGAGCACAGCAAAGAGCACUGCAAAGAGCAAACAACACGGAUGGUGAUGAUGACGAGCAACAAGCAGAACCAAAGCCACUUCACAAGGUCUUCCGAAGAGAGAUUGUGAAACAACUCAUCUCCACAUCAGGAUAUGCGAAGCCACAGAGGAAAAGUCUGAGUGCAAGUGGCGCUGUCCUGCAACGGCUCACUGGUCGCCAUUUCUUGGAGGAGCUCCCUCCGUCCGAAAGUGGAAGGGUUCCGAAUAGGGUGUGCCAGGUGUGUAAUACUGCCAAGAUGAGGAAGGCGGAGAUGCGAAAGGAGCCAAAGAGGAAGCAGUACCGUGUGUCUCGCUACCAAUGCGAUGAGUGCAAGGUCGCACUGUGUGCGGCGCCAUGUUUCAAGCUCUAUCACACAUGCAAAGAUUUCGUCGCCUCCUAUCUAAACAACCACGAUAAGGACUAGGCCUCUGUAUGUUUUUCUUCAAAUAUAUACUUUUGACAUGAUCUAUACAAUAUAUACUUUCAUCAUUCUGACAUUGUAGACUUGUGUAAGGAAAUGUGUUUUUAUUGCUUUUGAUGCCUUUAUUGCCUUUCAUAUGGAUGAUAACAACUCUAUAUUGAUGUAACAUGAAAGUACACAGUGUAAGCUUUCUAUUCAUGUACAGGAAGUUGUCAUUUCCUUUAUUGUAUGAUCACAAAAUGUAGUAUAUUCUUUUGUAUAAGUGUGUGGAUUUUGCUGACUUGCCAGUUCAGCACUAAGGACAGUCCACGGCCAUUAACUUACCUUUUAUGAUACAUGUAUUAAUUUUCCUCUUCAUAUGUUUUUCCUUACAUUGUCAACACUAGUCAGGAGCUUGGCAGUCCAUAUUGAGACAUCUCUGGUGGUGCUAGUGAGUGUUGUAUGGAUAUAGUAUGAAGAAAUUUGUUUUUAUUGCUUUUGAUGCCUUUAUUGCCUUAAGUAUAGAUGAUAACAACUCUAUAUUGAUGUAACAUGAAAGUACACAGUGUAAGCUUUCUAUUCAUGUACAGGAAGUUGUCCUUUCCUUUAUUGUAUGAUCACAAAAUGUAGUAUAUUCUUUUGUAUAAGUGUGUGGAUUUUGCUGACUUGCCAGUUCAGCACUAAGGACAGUCCACAGCCAUUAACUUACCUGUAAUGAUCCUUGUAUGCAUUUUCCUCUUCAUAUGUAUUAUCUGACAUUGCCAACACUAGUCAGGAGCUUUGUAGUCUACAUUGAGGCAGAUGUGGUGGUGAUAGUGAAGGUUUCUGUGAAACAAUGCUAGAAAUUGUAGUUUUUAUUGCCUUUUAUACCUUAAUUACCUUCAUAUUUAUAUGUUAUUACUAUGUUACAAAACUAGAAAGACAGUACAAGUUAUAAGCUUUCAGUUGAUGUAUAGGAAAGUAGUGUAGUGUUUGUUAUAAAGCUACAGAAAGAUGUAUAUGCAUGUCGAAUAGAACACCCUUUUCUGCAGAAAUUUCAGUUCAGUACCGGGACAAUCAAAGGCCAUAAACUCACCUGCAAUGAUACCUGGGUGAUUUUUUUUCUCCCACUUGUAGCUCUGAUGUUGUCAGAAUACAUAAGCAAUGUUGUAGUGUUCAUACUAUCAUUUUAAUAUGCGUCAGAUACUAUAAUACAAGAAGUUUAUCAAAAUAA